AUGGACUUUGUGGGAAAAAUUGUGCCAAGCUCCAGCAACAAGCAUACGUUCAUCAUUGUGGCCACAGAUUAUUUCACGAAGUGGGUAGAAGCUAAGGCUUUGAAAUCUAUCACUUCAGCUGCAGUGAUUACUUUUAUCAAGCAGCAAAUCAUUCAUCGAUUUGGAAUUCCAGAAAGCAUCACUACGGUUAGAGGCACUUCCUUCAUCUCAAGGGAAAUCCAAGCAUUCAUUGAAGAAUACAAUAUCAGAUUCGUGCAAUCUAGUCCUUACUUUCCACGCGCCAAUGGUAAAGCAGAAUCUACCAACAAAGUCUUGAUCAAUAUUAUCAAGAAAAUGGCGGAUAACAACCCAAAGGAUUGGCAUGAAAGGUUAUCCAAUGCACUCUGGGCAGAUCGGACGUCUAAAAAGAAUGCUAUAGGCACUACCCCUUACGCUCUCACUUACGAGCAUGACGCUGUCUUACCAGUAGAGAUCAACAUGCAAUCACUACAUAUCGAGAGACAGUCUGAAUUAAGCGAAGAAGAAUACACUGAGGCUAUGAUGAAGGAAUUAGAGCAACUCGGUCCAAUUCGGGCUAAAGCUUUGAAUCAUUUGAUGGUCGGUAAACAAGCAGUGGCACGUGCCUAUAAUAGAAGAGUCCAAGGAAAAACUUUUGAAGAAGGAGAAUUAGUUUGGCGAGCGGUCCUACCAUUAGGAGCCCACGUGCCAUAA